UUGUGCUGCUCGGCAAGAAUGGCUCUGAGAAGAGUGCUGUUGGGAACUUCAUUCUGGAAAGAGGGGCAUUUGACCUUAACUGUGUACAAAACCAAUGUGAGAGAGUCAGGGGUCAGGUGGAGGGAAGACACAUAGCUGUAAUCAACACUCCAGAACUGUUAGACCCUCACAUCUCACAUGACAAACUCUCAGAGGAACUGCGUUGUUGUGUCACUCUGUCUAAACCGGGAUCUCAUGUGUUCCUGUUGGUGCUGCAGCCUGAGGAGUUCACACAAGAAGAGGGAGACAGAAUCAAGACAAUCCUAGACACCCUCAGUGAACGGUCCUUUGACUACUCAAUGGUACUGACAACUCAUGAAGACAAGAGGGGACACAUGGAUGAGGAUCACCCUCUGAAUCAGAUGGUCAGAGCCUGUAGAGGGAGGCAGAACCUCAUGCACCUCAGUGACCACACUCAACUUAUGGCAGAUGUUGACAAGAUUGUAAAGGAGAAUGGAGGAGACUAUCUCACCUGUGAUGUAUUUGAAGAUACAAGUGGCAUGGUACAAGGGAAAGAGGAAAUCCACAGGAGUAAAACUGAUGGAAGCCUCAAAUCUCCCUCUGAGGAAGAACUUGGAAAAGAACAAGGACUGGUAUCACUUAAGCAAGAAAGAUGGAAGCCAUCAAGCAGUCAUGACAAAUUGUCUUCACUCAGGAUUGUGCUUCUGGGGAAGAAUGAUGACAAGAAGAGUACAGUGGGUAACAUGAUCCUACAGAAAGAGGCUUUUAGGCCUGCUCGUUUGUUCAACUAUAAACAGCCAUGUGAUUCAGCCAGUGGGAAGGUGAAGGGCAAGUCUGUAACUGUAGUAAAGACUCCAGACUUCUUUGCUCUGACUGUGGAGUCCCUGAUGGAGGAGAUAGAGAAAUGUAAGUCCCUCUCUGCUCCUGGGCCUCAUGGGGUUCUGCUGGUGUUGAAGCCUGAGGAGUCUACAGAGGAGAACAGAAACGCAUUCAAGUUGAUCCUGAACAUAUUUGGUAAAGAGGCCUUCAAGCACUCAAUGGUGAUCAUUACUCACCACAAGGGAGUCGCAGGAAAUCCUCAUCUGAGACAAAUGAUUGAAGACUGUGGAGGAAGGCAUCAUGAAAUGUCCAAACAAGGAAGUGACCACAAAGAGUUAACUGAAAAGAUAGAAAAGAUGGUAGAGGAGAAUGAAUGGAGAUACCUCACCUCCAAUGAGGAGACGACACAUGAUACCAUGACACCAAAGGCUCAGAGACUGAACGUGGUUCUAUGUGGCAGAAGAAGAGCUGGGAAGACUUCUAUAGCCAAUGUCAUACUGGGUCAGACAGAGUCCAGUCCAAAGUCCAGCUCCUCCUCAGUGUGUGUGAAGAGAGAAGGAGAGGUGUGUGGUCGGCCGGUCACCCUCAUCGAGCUGCCUGCUCUGUAUGGAACACAUCUCACUCAGGAGGAAGUGAUGCGUGAGACUUUCCACUGUGUCUCUCUCUGUGACUCUGGAGUCCAUGCUUUCCUCCUGGUCGUACCUUUGGGUCCACUCACUGAUGAAGACAGAGGAGAGUUGGAGACCAUCCAGAAGAUACUCAGCUCACGAGUCAACGACUUUAUCAUUGUCCUGUUUAGACAGGAUAACAUUCCAGUUGAUAAAACUGCAGUUGACUUUGUGGAACAAAAUGCAGACACAAAGCAACUGAUCCAGAUAUGCGGAGGGCGAUAUAAAAUCUUUGAUGCUUUGAAGAUUGAGAACGCCAAGCAGAUGACAGAGCUUGUAGCAGAAAUAGUCAAAAUGAUGGAUCAGAACAGAACCUGCUACACUCUGUACAUGUACAUGGAGGCUAAACACCAAUCAGAACUGGAGGAAAAGAACAGACGAAUCAAGGAUUUAGAGGAGAGAAUCAGGAACAUGUCACAAGGUGCUGAAAUGGAGUGUUCCAGCACCGAGUGCAUAAGGGUUGUGCUGAUUGGGAAAACUGGAAAUGGGAAGAGCGCCUCUGCAAACACUAUCUUGGGCAGAGAUGCAUUUGAUUCUGAAUCCAGCACUGAUUCUGUGACAACAGUUUGCAAGAAGGCAGUCGGCAAAGUUGAUGGAAGAACAGUUGCUGUGGUGGACACCCCUGGUCUUUUUGACACAACAUUGUCUAAUAAAGAUGUUCAGCAAGAGAUAGUGAAAUGUGUCUCCCUGUCAGCUCCUGGACCCCAUGUGUUUAUCAUAGUGUUGAGURUCGGGAGAAUCACWCARGAGGAGCUGGACACUUUGGACCUCAUAGAGACAACCUUUGGUCCACGGGCAGGAAUGUUCUGCUUAGUUCUGUUUACUAGAGGAGAUGACUUGAAAAAGAAAUCAAUUCAAGAUUACAUUGGGAAAAGCAACAAUGCCAAACUGAAAAAACUGAUCCGAGAUUGUGGAGACAGAUUCCAUUUCUUCAACAACAACGACGACAAUAACCGCACACAGGUCACUGAGCUUCUUAAGAAGAUUAACGAAAUGGUGUCCAUGAACAAGGGCAGUUUCUACACCAAUGAGAUGUUCCAGGAGGCAGAGGCAUCCAUUAAACAAAAACAGGAAGCAAUACUGAAGGAGCGAGAGAUGGAGAUAAAAGCUGACAUUGAGAAACUGAAGGUUAGCCAUGAAACAGACAUGGAAAAGAUGAAGUCAAAGUUGGAAGAGGAGAGAUUGAAAGUUCAGGAGGAAAGACAGCUGAGAGAAAAAAUGUUGAGAGAGAGAGAGGACGCUAUUAGAAAAGAGCAUGAAGAAAAGGAGAAAGCAGAGGAGGAAGAAAGAGAGUUGAAGGACAAAAAAAGGAAAGAAGAUGAAAAGUUGAAAAAAGAAAUGUGGGACACAGAAAAAGAGAAGAUGGAAAAAGAGAUAAAAACUCAGGAAAUAAAGUUGGAGAAACAACAAAGAGAAAAGAAAGAAGAAUUUAACAAGAGAAUGGAACGACUGAGAAAGGAAGAGAAAGAAAAAGAAGAACGGCAAAUAAAUAAAGAAAUUACGUUUGAAAAAUUAAAAAAGGCAGAAAUGGAAAGGAGAGCGACAGAAGAGGAUGAGAGGAAAAAGACUGAAGAGAAAGAAAGACAAGAGUGGCAAAGAAAAAUAAAGGAAGCAGAGAAAAGUCAAACAGAACUCAUGCAGAGAAAAAAAAAGGAAUGGGAGGAACAAUUAAAAACAGUAAUAAACGAACAACAGCAGAGAGAAAUGCUGAGGAGACAGGAUGAGGUACAAACUGUUGUAGAACAAGAGGAAGAACAGAGGAGAUUGAGAGAGCAGUUUGAAAGAGAGAGGAAACAAGACAGAAUAAAGAUGAAGGAAUCAGAUGAGCAGAGGAGAGAAAUAGAGCAGAAAGAAAGAGAAAAAAUUGAAAAAGACUUUGAAGAAAAGAGGAGAGAGUUGACAGACAAAAUGACAAUGCAACAAGAGCAGUGGGAGAGAGAACGUAGAGAGGAACAGGAAAGAAGAUUUCAAGAGGAUGAAAAUAGAAGAGUGGAGGAGAAACUAAGACUAAGAAAACUGGAGGAAACAUUUCAACAAGAACGUGAAGAAGAAAACAGGAGGAAGGAGAAGGAAGAUACAGCCAGGAAUGAACAAGAGAAGAAAUUGAAGGAAAUGAGGACAGAGCAUGAAAGAGAAACAAAAGAAAAGAAGGAUAAAUAUGAACAAGAGGCCAGAAGACAUGCAGAGGAAAUUAAUAACUUUAAAGAGAAAUAUGAAAAUUACAUUGAGAAACUAAGACAAAAGUACAAAGGGGAGUACGAUCUUUUAAAGGAUCAAUAUUGUCAUAAUGAAACACAAAUGACUGAGAAAAUCAAUGAAUUGAAAAAGAAGCAUCAGGAAGAGAAAAAGCACCUGAACAGAUGUGUUUUACAGUGAGGAAUCUUGAGCCCCAUGUGAAUUGGACUGGUAUAACCAAUGAACAUCGUAAUGUAGUCAAUACCAGAAGUUCAGUUAUAUUUUAAACAGACUGCAGUGAUGUGAACAGCAUUGUGAACCAAAGAUAGUUGUUUCCCAAUGCUGAGCACAUGUACAGAAAACGAUGUCAUUCUUACUUUGAGGCACUGUCACUUCAUUUUGAAAGCUGGUUUGCCUCUUAGGGUCACUGUUUUGAAGCCCUACUAAGGUACAAAAUGUAAUAGUGUGCACUAUUUACAGUUAAAUGACGAUGAUAACACAAAUGCACCAUUUAUAAAAUACACCACUUGUGGCAAAGAUGAGACAUGGAAAAUAAAAUGUGAGAAUAUGCCCUCUGAUAAUACAUAAUGAUAGAAAAAUGUAUAAUUCCCUUAAAAUAGGGUUUGUACAUAAAAUGUAAAUACAAACUGGACAGUAAUGAUGAGAAGGAGGAGGAGGAUGAUGACAAUGGUGAUGAUGAUUGUUGAUGGUUUAAACGCUGAGAUAAUUCUUAGUUUUGUAUGAUCUUUGUUCCCCAUUCUUUUAACAGUUUGUUGAAAAUCACAACAUAUUUAAACAGUUACAUACUGUACUAUACAGACAGAUAACUACUAUA